AUGUCCGCCGAACAACAGCAAAAGCCAAAGCAGAUCCGAUGCACUAUCAUCGGAGCAGGUGUAUCUGGUAUCCUGAUGGCAUACAAGCUCAAGCAACAUCUCAACGACUACGUCACUUUUCAGAUCUUCGAAAAGUCACCGGAACUUGGAGGAACAUGGUUUGAGAACAAGUAUCCCGGCUGCGCUUGUGAUGUGCCGAGUCAUUGCUAUCAAUAUUCAUUUGCUCCUAACCCGUCAUGGUCAAAGUUUUACGCGUCUUCCGACGAGAUACAGGGCUAUUUAAAGGGAGUUGCUAAGCACUUCGACCUCGAGCGAUACAUAUCCUUCAACACCAAGGUGGUUUCAGCACAAUGGUCUGAGAAUGACAGCACCUGGGCAGUAGAGUUGGAAGAUGGGUCUCUGGUCACAUCAGAAAUUCUGGUCAACGCCGGCGGGAUUCUCAAUCACCCACAAAUUCCCAGCAUCGAGGGGCUGUCGAAAUUUAACGGCCCGUUGUUGCAUACUGCAUCCUGGGAUCAUUCGAUUGACCUCCGGGAUAAACGCGUCGGCGUGAUUGGUGCGGGAGCCAGUUCAAUCCAGUUGGUUCCCUCGAUACAGCCUGUGGUCAAGGAUAUGAAGGUUUUCAUCCGUACACCUUCCUGGAUUGCACCGCCAGUCGCCCUACCCGAUCCCAACGCGACGAACUACACCUACAGCACAGAAGAGAAGGCUCUCUUCGAAACAGACAAGAACAUAUAUCUCGAUACCAGAAAGGGAUUAGAGGAUCAAUUCAACGGGAUGUUCCGCCUCUUUCUCAAGUCCAGUCCAGAGCAGGAGAGAACACGUGCCAUGUUCGAGUCGCGCAUGAAACAGCUCAUCCCUGACCAAGAUCUGCAGAAGAAGCUGAUACCUCCAUUUGAGGCUGGGUGUCGAAGAAUCAAUCCGGGAGAGGGGUUUCUGACCGCCUUGCAAAAGCCAAACGUGGAGCCCGUAUUCGAUUCAAUUGAGAGAGUGACUCAGAAUGGUAUCGUGGCUGGUGACAAGGAAUAUCCAGUAGAUGUGCUAGUUGCUGCUACAGGCUUCAACACGACCUUCAGACCUCGCUUCCCUAUAAUCGGUCGCAAUGGUGUCAACCUUCAAGAUGCAUGGCAAGAACAUCCUGAGUCGUAUCUGGGCCUUGGUGUCGCAGGCUUCCCCAAUUACCUCAUAUUCUUGGGACCAAACACUCCAAUCUCGAAUGGAAGCUUGAUGGGUUCUGUGGAAGCGACUGCAGACUACUUCAUUCGUCUCCUUCACAAGAUGAUACGCCAGCGUGUCAAGACUUUCGAAGUCCGAAUCGAUGCUCAAAAUGACUUCAAUGCUCACACGCAGAAGGUGAUGCAAGACAUGGUGUGGACCGGAACUUGUCGCAGUUGGUACAAGCAGGGUACAAACGGAAAGGUAACUGGACUCUGGCCCGGGAGUUCCCUUCAUUACAUCCAGGUACUCUCAGAAGAUAGAUGGGAGGAUUAUGAAUGGACCCAUGGGUUGGAGAGGUAUAGUUACUGGGGUCAUGGGUUGUCAUGGAUUGAGGAGCCUGGCCUUGAUCCGUUGGGUGCCGUAAAGCAGGAUAUGAUUGAAGCAAUGACGACUUUACCAAAGAAGGACUCUGACUUGAGCUUCUACCUGUGGGAGAGCAAUCCUCUGCCUGAGACCUGUUUUGCAAAUGGGCGCUCAGAAGAGAGAGUCCAGAAAGGCGACAACUUGGCAUGGAACAAGGUAUUGCAUCCCACUACUACUUCAGAUGUUGAUAAGCAUACUACGGUAGCUUGUGUCACCGUACCAGUUUAG